GCGAGCGGCUUCCGGCGAGGCGGUGUUGUUGUUGUCGUCUCGCAGCUGUUCUUCCCCUUCAAGGUUACGCCUCCUGUGAUAUGUUAGCGCACUGAGACCUUUCCUGGUGCUUAUUGAUCCCCUCCAGCCAGCCAGCCAGCAGCAUGGAGGAGCCCAUGAUGGUCGACAGCCACCCCCUGGAGGAGCAGGCGAGGAUGAGCGGCGGAGGAGGCAGUCGCGCCGGAGUGUGUGUGCUCAACACCAAGUCUAGGCCUAUCAUCGAGGACUACAUCAUCUCCUCGAAUGUGCUUGGCCUCGGGAUCAACGGCAAGGUGGUCGAGUGCUUCAGUAAGAGGAACCAGCACAAAUAUGCUCUUAAGGUUUUGCGAGACUGCCCGAAGGCGAGGCGAGAGGUGGACUUACACUGCCGUGCAUCAUCCUGCCCACACGUUGUUGCAAUAAUUGAUGUUUAUGAAAAUGUAUAUAACAACCAAAAAUGCCUAUUGGUUGUAAUGGAAUGCAUGGAAGGUGGGGAGCUGUUCCAACGUAUCCAGGAUAGAGCAGAUGGUGCAUUUACAGAGAGAGAAGCUGCCUGUAUUAUGAGAGAAAUCUGUGUGGCAGUACAACACCUACAUCUUUUAAAUAUUGCUCAUAGGGACCUCAAACCAGAAAACCUCUUAUAUACCACUGCAGGUAAUGAUGCUGCUCUCAAGUUAACAGAUUUUGGAUUUGCUAAAGAAACCUUCUCAAAGGAAUCAUUACAGACCCCAUGCUACACUCCUUACUAUGUUGCACCCGAAGUGUUGGGACCUGAGAAGUAUGACAAAAGCUGCGACAUUUGGUCAUUGGGGGUCAUCAUGUACAUUUUGUUAUGCGGUUUCCCACCAUUCUACAGCAACCAUGGCCAUGCCAUCUCGCCUGGCAUGAAGAAACGUAUCCGCACAGGGCAGUACACCUUCCCCAACCCAGAAUGGGCGAAUGUUAGCCAGGAUGCAAAAGACCUGAUCAAGGGAAUGCUGCGGACAGACCCCGAGGAGCGACUCACCAUUUUCGAUGUUAUGAAGAACAAGUGGAUUGUGCAAUAUGCAGAGGUGCCCCAGACUCCCCUCCAUACAUCAAGGAUUCUUCGUGAGGAAGGUGACCUCUGGCAAGAAGUUCAGGAUGAAAUGACCCGCUCCCUUGCCACAAUGCGCGUAGACUAUGACACUCUCCAAAUCAAGGCACUGGACAGUGCCAAUAACUCUCUCCUCAGUAAGCGCCGUAAGAAGGUCACUGACAACUGAUUCAGGAAAAGUUUAGAAGCCAUGUCGCAAGGAACAUUCAUGUGAGUGUCUUACAGGCUCCUUCAGUGCUAGCAUAAUAUAAAAUGCAUCCCCUGAUGCUUUUGUACUGUACUGAUGUGGAAGAGUUGUUGUUGAAAGUUGGAUGGUGUUGACUAAUGCUGAAUUCAUGCACAAAGAUAGCAAGUUUGUAUUGUUUUAUUGAUGAUUAAGCUUCCUAUUUUUCUCUUUUCUUUUCAUUUUUUUGAAAAAGUUUCACAUAUUAUCUAUACAUGAUGCAUUAUACAUAAAAUGUUUUUCAGUAAUGUGGUUUUACUUUUUUCAUUAUUUUAUUGAUAUAAUUUUUUUUUUAUAUAUAUUAUUUUUUGUUUUAUAAUUUUUUUCAUUUUAUAUAAUUUUUUUUUUUUUUUGUGCCACAUACAGUUCACAUCAACUUAUCUUGGUUGUGCAAUUGACAGUUAAAAGCACUGAUGGUAUGCAGUUUUAUAAGUAGUUUUUUGUCUGUUAUCGUACAUGUGAAAACAAUAAAAGAGAAUGGUGCAAAUACGUAAGAAUAAGGAUUCACUGAAGUAGGAUGAGAUACUUUUGCCUGGCUCUGAGGCAUCAUUAUUAAAAGUAAACACAGUAUCCCUAUCUUUCUUACCACAUUUAAUGACAAAUGUUUGAACAUCAUUUCCUUGUUAAUUUUUCUCGUGUCAUUUCAUUAUGUGUUCAUGAAGAAGUUACUUAAACCUAUUGACAGCAGGUACAUGCAGUGUCUACAGUGGUUUUGCUUUACCAGCUCUCCUAACAUGCAAAUGGCUGCUCAAGCACUUCCAAGGAGUCUGUUAGUAGGCCUACCGAUCUCGCUUGUUUACUCUGUUCCUAGAAUUUAUGUGAGAAAGGUAAAUUUUUGUUGAUAUUAUCAUCAAUAUUAAUGUUAUAUUUAUUCUCAUUAUUAUUGUCAUUUUAAUAUUAUUAAUAGUAAUAAUAUAAAUUUAAAAUUAGAACCUCUCAGAUUCAAGGAAUUUGAUACACAGAUGAGGAUAGUUAGGGCUAGUAACUAAAGCAUUUAUGGAGCCAUCUAUAAGAGUGAUAAACCAAAACCACAAUGAAUAGUGCAUGUACAUAUGUACUCGCAGUAUUAAUGGGUUAAUUGAACUACAGUAUUCAUGAGUCUUUGGCAAUAAGAAAAAUAGAGAUCCAGCAUUUAUUUUUAAUAGUAUGUAAUGAAUUCAGGUGUUGUGGGUCUGUAUGAAAACUGCUUCAGUCGCGUAUGACAAUAAUCUGUUUUUCCUUGCUGUUAGUAUUUCAAUCAGAGAAAUAACCAGCAGUGAGGAGAGUUAGAAAUGUCUUGGUCUUUUAGAAACUUGCAAGGAUAAAAAAGAAAUUAUAAUAUUUAUGUACACAAAGUUUGAUGUCAUGAACUCUUGUUAAUACUCAGUGUAUAUAUAGAACUGUAUAUUUACUUGCUUGUUAAACACAAAAUUAAUCUGUGAUUGAGAAUAGUGUGAACUUAAUUUUUGACCCAGUGUAAAGCAAAUGGGGUUGAUUUUUAAAUUUCUUUUUCAUCUUUUUCUUCUUUUUCUUCAUCUUUGUCUUAUAAGUAAUUGUUCCUCAUUAGGUUGAAGUAAUGAGAGACCCAGAUUAUGAUUUACAGGACAUUUUACUGCUGAUAGAUAAGAAAUAUCAACUACAUCAGUUACAAACUUUUGAAAUGCAUGCCUAAAUGUCCUGUUUAAGUUCAGUGAAUUACUGCCAGAAAUAUUGAUCAGCAGUAUUUAUACCUUUAAUGUACCCUUUCAUGUGUGGACAUUUCACCAAGCCUUUUUACCUGUCAAGUCACCAUGAACAUAGUAUCGUAAAUUUAUAGGUGACUCAGAUACUCUUAUGUAUCUAUUGAUUGUGCUGACAUUUGUUAAACAGUAUGUUGAUAAUAUUCAUAGCAUUUUUAAUGCAACAUUGUGCUGUUUGUUAGAUAAUAAACAUUAGUUCAUUAAUUUGGUAUGUAUGGAUGUAUGACUAAGUGUCAACAGAGACAAUAGCUUUAAAAAGGUAAUUACAAAAUAACUUAAUUUUUCAGAUUGUUGGUACUGAUGCUAAUAGUUACUCUUAAUCUAAUGAGUUAGUAUUGUGUAACUGAUAUGUCUUAAUUAAUAACAGGAUGUCGUAAAAUUUAACAUUUUAGUUUAGUCUGUGUGCAUUAGAUGCAAAAAACAAGAAACAGCAUUGCAGCAUAAAAACACUGUGAAAGUUUUUGAUCAUUAUUUUUGAACAAUAAAAUGUUUUUUGUUUUAGAUUUUGAGAACUCAGUUUUUCUCAUUCUAAGACAAGACAUGUUUUCUAAAUUGC